AUUGUUUUUUGUCUAUCGAGAAGCUUUCUUCAAUCCUUAAUAACAUAUUCUAUAGCCUAGUUAAUUCUUUUUUAUACAUUUAAAAAUAAGCUGACAGCAAAAUGAGUGGAGGAGUCUACGGUGGAGAUGAGGUUGGUGCAGUGGUGUUUGACAUUGGAUCAUAUUCAUUUAGAGCAGGCUUUGCUGGCGAGGACACACCUAAGGCUGAGAUACCAACACAUGUUGGUGUCCUGGAUGAUAUUGAAGCUUCUGUGGACAUGGAGAAUGGAGGAGACAACAACAUCACCCCAAAGAGAUACCUCAUUGACACUGUGUACAUGAAACAUCCAGUUAAAGAUAUGGAGCUCUCAACCUUUCUUAGGGAUGGAAUGAUUGAGAACUGGGACGUGUUUGAAAAAAUGAUGGACUAUGUGUACAGCCGCAGUAUCAAGUCAGAUUCCAACCUCCAUCCAGUUUUAAUGUCAGAAGCUGCAUGGAUCACAAAAGCAAAAAGAGAGCAGUUGACAGAGAUCAUGUUUGAGAAGUACAAUGUGCCUGCAUUUUUCUUGUGUAAAAACCCAGUCCUUUCAGCAUUUGCUAAUGGUAGAUCAACAGCUUUGAUAGUGGACAGUGGUGCUACACAGACUUCUGCUGUUCCAGUGUAUGAUGGUUAUGUAAUCAGCCAGUAUAUUGUGAAAUCUCCACUAGCUGGGGAUUUUGUCACAGCUGAAUGCAAGAAACUAAUGGAGGAAAUGGGCAUAGAAAUUGUCCCCCCUUACAUGAUAAAUAGCAAGGAGAUUGUAGCAGAUGCUCAGCCAGCAAAAUGGAAGAAAAAAGAAAACUUGAAUGUAACAAAAUCAUUUCACAACUACAUGGUUAAGGAUGUCUUGCAAGAUUUUGCUGCUACUAUUGUCCAGGUUUCUGAUGCACCUUACGAUCAAAGCCAAGCAGACUCUAUGCCUACUGUGCAUUAUGAAUUUCCACAUGGCUACAACCAAGAUUUUGGCAGUGAGAGAUUUAAAGUCUGUGAAGGUCUCUUUGAUCCUUCAUUUAUUAAGGAAUCAGGUGGCAACUCCAUGCUAGGUGUUGGUCAUGUUGUGACAUCUAGUGUUGGUAUGUGUGAUAUUGAUAUCAGACCAAGUUUGUAUGGCAGCAUUAUUUGUGUUGGAGGGAACACACUGUUGCAAGGUUUUACAGAUAGACUUAACAGAGACCUAAGUACCAAAACUCCACCUAGCAUGAGGUUAAAGGUAAUAGCUGCAUCAAGCUCAUCGGAAAGACGUUUUAGUAGUUGGAUAGGUGGCUCAAUUUUGGCCUCUUUGGGUGCUUUUCAGCAAAUGUGGGUUUCAAAACAAGAAUAUGAAGAGGGUGGUAAACAGAUAGUGGAAAGAAAAUGCCCAUAAUUCCUUAUGUUCUCAUCAAAUGUACUUCUUGUCACUAAUCUUUU